UUCCGGCCCUAUUAGUAUUUAAACCCUAACAAAAAAACACUCUUCCCGCCGCCGCUAACGACAGUGUAUCUCUUCCUCAUACUCCGGUGCUUCUUCCUCAUCGGACGCGGCGUUCCAGUUUUGGGUUGACUCAUCAUCCAUAGUCUCCCUCGUCACCGAAUCCUUCCGCAGUUCUUUUCUCACUUUAGGGUAAAUAGCAAAGCGGACAGCGGGUUCAGUGACUUAGUAGGGUUUCUCUUAGGUUGAGGUUGUUAUUUGGUUAAUCCUUUUGCAGUCGGAGAUUUAAUGGCGUCUUUGAAGAGAAAGUUUGUUGAGGAAGCAGGGGGGGAGAUUCCUCCUCCGCAGAAGCAGCAGAGGGAGAGUGUUCUUUUAACCGGGGAUGGACCAGUGAGCUGUAUCCAUGAUGUUUCUUACCCGGAGGGUUAUGUUCCUCCUCCUCUUUCUGGCCCAGCAGCUCAAGAAGAUUUGAAGCCUGCAAAGGAAUUUCCAUUCACUCUCGACCCUUUUCAGUCUGAAGCUAUCAAGUGCCUUGAUAAUGGUGAGUCUGUAAUGGUUUCAGCCCAUACAUCAGCCGGUAAAACUGUAGUAGCAUUAUAUGCCAUUGCUAUGUCUUUGCGGAAUAAGCAGCGGGUCAUAUAUACUUCACCCAUUAAGGCACUCAGCAACCAAAAGUAUAGGGAAUUCAAAGAAGAGUUCUCUGAUGUUGGUUUGAUCACUGGGGAUGUAACAAUUGAUCCUAAUGCUUCUUGCUUGGUCAUGACCACUGAAAUCUGGCGUAGUAUGCUGUACAAGGGUUCAGAGAUUAUGCGGGAAGUGGCUUGGAUAAUUUUUGAUGAGGUACAUUACAUGCGUGAUCGUGAGAGAGGUGUGGUAUGGGAGGAGAGCAUUGUUAUGGCACCAAAGAAGUCUCGUUUUGUUUUCCUCUCAGCAACUGUUCCCAAUGCAAAGGAGUUUGCUGAUUGGGUUGCAAAGGUCCAUCGACAACCGUGUCACAUUGUUUAUACUGAUUAUCGGCCAACACCACUUCAGCAUUAUAUUUCUCCUGCUGGAGGUGAUGGUUCGUAUUUGGUUGUGGACGAGAAGGGAAAAUUUCGAGAAGACAACUUCCAGAGAGCUCUAAAUGCACUAAUUUCCCCUGGUGAGGGUGAUAAGAAGAGACAGAGUGUAAAAUCACAACAGGGUUUGACGAUGAGCCGACUUGGUGAAGAAAGUGACAUCUUCAAGAUAGUGAAAAUGAUCAUUCAACGUCAAUAUGACCCUGUCAUACUUUUUAGUUUUAGCAAAAGGGAGUGCGAAUUUCUUGCAAUGCAGAUGGCAAAGAUGGAUCUAAACGAUGAUGAGGAGAAAGAGAACAUAGAGACAAUCUUCACGAGUGCCAUGGACAUGCUUUCAGAUGAUGACAAGAAACUUCCACAGGUAUCAAACAUGUUACCCCUUCUGAAACGGGGAAUAGGCGUGCAUCAUUCUGGAUUGCUUCCCAUUCUGAAGGAAGUAAUAGAGAUACUAUUUCAAGAAGGAUUGAUUAAGUGUUUGUUCGCUACAGAGACCUUCAGCAUUGGUUUAAACAUGCCAGCCAAAACUGUUGUCUUUACCAAUGUCCGUAAAUUUGAUGGAGACAAGUUUAGGUGGAUAUCCAGCGGAGAGUACAUACAAAUGAGUGGUCGUGCUGGUCGUCGAGGUAUUGAUAAGCGUGGUGUGUGCAUCCUGAUGUUGGAUGAGAAGUUGGAACCAUCUACUGCUAAAAUGAUGCUUAAAGGAAGUGCUGAUUGUUUGAACAGUGCCUUCCAUUUAAGCUACAACAUGCUGUUGAAUCAAAUGCGGUGUGAAGAUGGUGAUCCUGAAAAUUUGCUUCGUAACUCAUUUUAUCAGUUUCAAGCUGACCGUGCUAUUCCUGAUCUUGAGAAACAAAUGAAAGUUCUUGAAGAAGAGAGAGAUUCUAUGAUAAUUGAAGAAGAAGAUAGUUUGAAGAACUAUUACAAUUUGCUUCAACAAUAUAGAAGUUUGAAGAAGGAUGUCCGUGAUAUUGUUCUUUCCCCAAAAUACUGCAUUCCCUUUUUGCGAGUUAACAGGGUCGUUUGUCUCGAGUGCUCUUUGACUGAUGAGAAGUCACCAUCUUUCUCAAUUGAGGAUCAGGAUACAUGGGGACUCAUUGUCGACUUUCACAGAGUCAAAGAUGUUUCUGAAGAUGAUGCAAAUAGAAGACCAGAAGAUGCAAGCUACACAAUAGAUGUUCUUACAAGAUGUGUGAUUAGUAAAGAUGAGAGGGCGAAAAAAACGAUUAAAAUUCUCCCACUGAAAGGGCAUGGAGAACCUGCUGUUGUCACUGUUCCUCUGUCUCAGAUUAAAUUUUUAAGCAGUGCAUGCAUGAAGGUUUCUAAGGAUCUUUUGCCCUUAGAAGCUCGAGAGAAUGCUCUCAAAAAGCUUUCAGAAUUUCUCCGUAGACAUCCUCGUGGGCUUCCAAUGGAUCCUGAAGGAGAUAUGAAGAUCCGGAGCAGCUCGUAUAGAAAGGCUGUCAGGAGGUUGGAGGCGUUAGAGAGCCUAUUUGAGAAGCAUGCGAUUGCCAAAUCUCCACUCAUUGAACAAAAGCUCAAAGUUUUACACAUGAAAGAAGAGUUGACAGCCAAGAUAAAAUCAAUUAAGAAGACUGUACGUUCUUCCACGACAUUGGCUUUUAAAGAUGAACUGAAGGCCAGAAAACGUGCUUUACGAAGGCUAGGGUAAUAAACCUUUUCUUCAGAGAAUAAUUU